AUGGCGAACCUCAUCUUCACCCACUCGAGCGCUCCGCUCAAGACAGUGGAAGAGAUUCAGUUCGGACUGAUGUCCCCCGAGGAGAUCAAGAACAUGAGUGUCUGCCACAUCCUCUACCCCGAGACCAUGGAGGAGAACAAAACCAAGCCCCGCGACGGAGGCCUUAAUGACCCGCUCCUUGGAUCUAUCGACCGACAAUUCCGAUGCAAGACCUGCACUCAAGCUAUGGGCGAGUGCCCUGGUCACUUCGGCCAUAUCGAACUCGCGAAACCCGUCUACCACCCUGGCUUCAUCAAGAAGGUGAAGAAGAUUCUGGAGAUUGUCUGCCACAACUGUAGCAAAGUGUUAGCCGAUACUAGAGAUCCUGAGUUCGCCGCAGCUAUCGCUACUCGAGAUCCCAAAGUUCGCUUCAGUCGCGUCUGGGAAGUCUGUAAAAAGAAGAGAAGAUGUGACAACGAGGAGCCAAAGCAGAAGGAUGAGGAAUUCGCCCCAGGCAUGAAGUUGGGUCCUGUGGAAGGCCACGGCGGUUGCGGCAACGUCCAGCCCAACGUCCGACAGGCCGCCUUGCAGUUGAAGGCUGCUUUCGACGUUGUGGAGGAGGGAGGAGGCAAGCGACGAGAGACGACGCCCAUCACUCCCGAGAUGGCUCACAACAUCUUGAGGCGAAUCACCGAGGAAGACCUUCGGGACAUGGGUCUCAACUCGGACUACGCCCGCCCCGAGUGGAUGGUUCUCACCGUUCUUCCAGUGCCCCCGCCUCCCGUCCGACCCAGUAUCUCCAUGGACGGCACCGGCACCGGCAUGCGCAACGAAGAUGAUUUGACAUACAAGCUGGGUGAUAUCAUCCGCGCCAAUGGAAAUGUCAAGCAGGCCAUCCGUGAAGGAUCACCUGCACACAUUGCCAGGGACUUUGAGGAGCUACUGCAGUAUCACGUUGCCACCUACAUGGACAAUGAUAUUGCUGGACAGCCUCGCGCUCUGCAGAAGAGUGGACGUCCCGUCAAAGCCAUUCGAGCACGCCUAAAGGGCAAGGAAGGUCGUCUGCGAGGUAACCUGAUGGGUAAGCGUGUCGACUUUUCGGCACGUACUGUCAUCACUGGUGAUGCCAAUCUUUCACUUCACGAAGUCGGUGUUCCUCGCAGCAUCGCCCGAACUCUCACAUACCCCGAAACUGUUACACCUUACAACAUCGGUCGGCUGCAUCAGUAUGUCGAGAACGGCCCCAACGAGCACCCCGGUGCCAAGUACGUCAUUCGCGCAGAUGGUCAACGUAUUGAUCUGCGGCACCACCGCCGCGCAGGUGCUAUCUCUCUUGAGUACGGCUGGAAGGUCGAGCGUCAUUUGAUUGAUGGUGACUAUAUUAUCUUCAACCGUCAGCCCUCUCUGCACAAGGAAUCCAUGAUGGGACAUCGUGUCCGCGUCAUGCCGUACUCUACCUUCCGUCUGAACCUGUCUGUCACAUCUCCUUACAACGCCGAUUUCGAUGGUGACGAGAUGAACCUGCACGUUCCUCAGAGCGAAGAGACUCGCGCCGAAGUCAAGGAGCUCUGCCUGGUGCCUCUCAACAUUGUUUCACCCCAGAAGAACGGUCCCCUCAUGGGUAUUGUCCAGGAUUCGCUUGCUGGAGUGUACAAGCUCUGCCGACGAGACACUUUCCUCACCAAGGAGCAGAUCAUGAACAGCAUGCUUUGGGUUCCUAACUGGGAUGGUGUCAUCCCUCAGCCUGCCAUUCUCAAGCCACGCCCUCGGUGGACUGGCAAGCAGCUCAUCAGCAUGGUCAUUCCCAAGGAAGUGACCCUACACAACGGCACCGACAAGAAGGAGGAUGCCCCCCUUAAGGACGAGGGUAUCCUAAUUCAAGCUGGUCAACUCAUGUACGGUCUUCCCACCAAGAAGAUUGUUGGUGCAGCGGCUGGUGGCAUUGUCCACAUCAGUUACAACGAGCUGGGAGCUGAGGGUGCCAUGGCAUUCUUGAACGGUGUUCAGCAGGUUGUCACAUACUGGCUGCUCAACAACGGUCACAGUAUCGGUAUCGGUGACACGAUUCCCGACAAGGCAACCAUUGAAAAGGUUCAGGUGCACAUUGAUGAAGAGAAGGCUGAAGUCGCUCGCCUCACCGCUAUGGCUACUGCCAACGAGCUUGAGGCUCUCCCCGGUAUGAAUGUUCGAGCAACAUUCGAAAACAAGGUCUCGAUGGCUCUUAACCAGGCUCGUGACAAGGCCGGUACUACGACACAGAAGAGUUUGAAGGACUCCAACAACGCCGUCACCAUGGCUUCAUCAGGUUCCAAGGGUUCAUCCAUCAACAUCUCACAGAUGACUGCGCUUGUGGGUCAGCAGAUUGUCGAAGGAAAGCGUAUUCCCUUCGGAUUCAAGUAUCGCACACUGCCCCAUUUCACCAAGGAUGAUUACUCGCCCGAAGCCCGUGGUUUCGUCGAGAACUCGUACCUUCGUGGUCUGACUCCUUCUGAGUUCUUCUUCCACGCCAUGGCUGGUCGAGAAGGUCUCAUUGAUACUGCAGUCAAGACUGCCGAGACAGGUUAUAUUCAGCGACGACUGGUCAAGGCUCUGGAAGACCUGUCCGCGCGCUACGAUGGAACCGUCCGAAACUCAUUGGGCGAUGUUGUGCAAUUCCUCUACGGCGAAGAUGGUCUGGAUGCUAUGUGCAUCGAGAAGCAGAAGCUGGGGAUCCUCAACAUGUCCAAUGCUGCCUUCAAGGCCAAGUACCGACUGGAUCUUGCCAACCCUCCCGAGUGGUUCAAGUCGGACUACGAAUUUGGUAACGAGUUGACUGGCGACAGGCCUUCGAUGGCCCUUCUUGAUACUGAGUGGGAGGCUUUGCUCAAGGACCGUCGGGUGAUCCGACAGAUCAACAAAGCCAAGAUGAACGAGGAAAUGAUGCAGCUGCCGCUCAACAUUACUCGAAUCAUCGAAUCAGCCAAGCGUGUGUUCAACGUCAAGGCCAACGAUCGCAGCAACCUGCGUCCCUCUGACGUUAUCCCUUCCGUGCAAAACUUGCUCGACCACAUGAAGAUUGUUCGCGGUACCGACCCCAUCUCAGUAGAGGCAGAUGCGAAUGCCACCAUUCUCUUCAAGGGCCUGCUACGCUCUCGUCUGGCAUUCAAGGAAGUGGUCAAGGAGCAUCGCCUGAACAAGCUCGCAUUCGACCAUGUUAUCGGUGAGCUUCAAAACCGAUGGGAUCGGGCCUUUGUCAGCCCUGGUGAAAUGGUUGGUGUUUUGGCUGCUCAGUCUAUUGGUGAGCCUGCUACUCAGAUGACACUGAACACAUUCCAUUUCGCUGGUGUGUCUUCCAAGAACGUCACUCUGGGUGUGCCCCGUCUCAAGGAAAUUCUCAACUUGGCCAAGAACAUCAAGACGCCUAGCAUGGCUGUGUAUCUCAACACACCGCUUGCUCGACAGGAACAGGCCAAGAAGCUCCGAAGUAUGGUUGAGUAUACCAACCUUCGCUCUGUGACAGCGGUUACCGAGAUCUACUACGAUCCCGAUAUCCAGUCAACCAACAUUCCUGAGGAUAUGGAUAUGGUCGAGUCUUACUUCAUGAUUCCCGAUGACACGCAGGUCAGCAUCGACCAACAGUCGAGAUGGCUUCUGCGUAUCACACUUGAUCGACAGAAGCUACUCGACAAGGAGAUCAGGAUCGACGACGUUGCUCAGCGCAUCAAGGAGGAGUACCCCACUGAUCUGGCUGUCAUCUUCAGUGACAACAACGCCGACGAGCAGGUGAUCCGCAUUCGAACUGUCUCUGCUGGUGACAAGGACGAAGAUGGCGAAGGCCGAAUGGAGGACGAUGUCAUGCUGAAGCGACUUGAGGCCCAUCUUCUCGAUACCCUCACUCUUCGUGGUGUCAACGGCGUCGAGCGUGCUUUCCUUACCAAGGGAACCAGACUCGUUGAGAGCCCCGAUGGAGCACUGCUUGCCAUCAAGGACGACCCACGAUGCACCCAGUGGUACCUGGAUACGAGUGGUUCGGCGCUGCGUGAUGUGCUGGCAGUUGACGGUGUUGACGCGAGCCGGACAUACACCAACGACCUGUGGCAAGUGGUUGAGGUGUUUGGUAUCGAGGCGGCUCGUUCCGCACUGGUGAAGGAGUUGACCAACGUGUUGGCUUUCGACGGUUCCUACGUCAACCAUCGUCACAUUGCGCUACUGACAGAUGUCAUGACGUACAGAGGUUCCAUCUCGGCUGUUACUCGACACGGUAUCAACCGCGCUGACACUGGUGCUCUGAUGCGUUGUUCCUUCGAGGAGACGGUCGAGAUUCUGCUCGAGGCUGCAGCUUCAGGCGAACUGGAUGACUGCCGUGGUAUCUCGGAGAACGUCAUGCUGGGCCAGAUGGCGCCAAUGGGCACAGGCAACUUUGAUGUCCUCCUGGACCCCAAGAUGCUGGAGACUGUCAUCUCGGACAACUCUCGCAUGGGCUUGAUGCCUGGCAUGCCUGUCAAGGGAGGAGAGAUCGAGGGAGCAGCGACGCCUUACGACACAGGGUCUCCCAUGGCUGACUCAGGCUACCUCAGCCUCAGCUCGCCGGCAGCUGGUAACUUCUCUCCUAUCCAGGGUGCUGGAUCGGAUACUCCUGCUGGCUUCGGCAACACUGAGUACGGUUUUGGUGGAUCGACUGCGAUGAGCCCGUACGCGAUGCGCGGAGGAACCAGCCCCUUCACCACAUCGCCAACGUCGCCAUUCGGACCUGGAGGAGGCUACUCGCCAACGUCACCCAAUGCCUACUCGCCCACAUCGCCUCUUGUGGAUGGUGGCAUGGGGGGUCGGUAUGCCACCUCGCCUUCGUUCAGCCCGUCGUCGCCGUCGUUCUCGCCUACGUCACCCAUGGUGCGGCCGACAAGCCCCGCGAGCCCCAACUACAGCCCGUCGUCGCCGAACUACUCACCUGCUUCGCCAUCGUCGCCUCGACACUACUCGCCUACAUCGCCGGCGCAGUUCAACUCUCCCACGUCUCCCAACUACUCGCCGGCAAGCCCCAACUACAGCCCUGCGUCGCCCAACCUUCACGCAGGCGGAACCACCUCGCCGUCGUACUCACCGGCAUCUCCCACGUGGUCUCCUACGUCUCCCGAGGCCUACUCGCCAACAAGCCCGUACCAGAGGAGCCCUGGUGCGCAGCAGUCGCCAACCAGCCCAAGCUACUCGCCCACAUCGCCUGCUUUCUCUCCUCGUACACCUGGUCCGGGAUCUUCUGGAAACCAGUAUUCUCCCAACUCGCCGUCAAACGAAUAAUUUUUUGAUUGAAUAAUGCAAACGUGGCACAGGUUGUCAUUUCAUUUUUUUCCCGCAUGGUUCUUUGGUCAGGGGGGGUUUUCUUUCAGCAUCAUAGACCCGCAAAAGAAGUUGGUACAGACUAUACAAGAAAAAUCAGAAAACCACGAAGAGGGCGGAGGAAGCUGGACGAAAUUCUGAGAAGGGCCAGAUGGGCAUUCGAGGAACAACCGAGGGGAGGAGAGAAAAAAACAAAAGAAUAAGAUAACGGGGCAUUGUAAUAGCUGACUUGUACUAUAGCGAUGGGGGGUUGGCGAAGGAAAGGGGACGGGAAGGAAUUGGAGGGGAGGGGGAAGAGGCAAUGACAUAUAGGGAUGAUGAUCCAGAUUGGAAUCAAGACUGCGGACGCAGCAUGACAGACAGACAGACAGGAGGUGAUGACACACAUUCAGCUAUGCAGAAUUUUGGAAUGGAUUGGCCUAUUUGAAAACAAAUGAGCCCUGAUACCCUCUGUUCUCUGAUGAUGCAUGCGUAGGUAGUGUGUGUGUACUCGGUAGUCCAGUCUUGUCUGGUGAUGCACUGCAUGAUUUUAUCUAGUUUUGGGCAUGUGUAGUUAUUGUUUUCUUG